AUGCAAUGUCAUAAAAUUGCUGGUCAUUCAGGCAUGCCGCAAACACUCUGUAAAUUCAGGGAAAGAUUUUGGACUCCUCACAGUAGAUCAACGAUCAACAGAAUAAUUAGGCGAAAAUGUAUACUCUGCAAAAAGUGGAACGCCAAACCAUUCCAACUACGGAGCUUCCCUCAAUUGCCUGCCUUCCGAACAAUGAAAACCAGCGCCUUUCAAAAUGUGGGUCUGGAUUAUAUGGGCCCGCUAAUGAUGAAGGAAAAACGUUGGAUAUCUCUCUUUACCUGCUCAGCAACAAGAGCUAUCCAUCUCAAACCAGCCGAGAGUUUAUCCGCAGAAGAAUUCUUGCAUUGUCUGCGACGCUUCGUCACAAGAAGUGGAACUCCGGAAUGUAUCAUCUCAGACAACGCCACAAAUUUUACACUG